AUGCGCUCAACAGCCCUUUUGCUGUGUCGCAGGCAGCAGCAACGCGUCAACAGUACACCAUCAUGGCGAACGUUCAAUAGGCUCUCUGCUUCUGCUCGAUUCUGCUCCUGCCACGCCGGCCCCGUCAGGCAGUCCACCAAGCCAGCGCAGCCAACAGCUCCUCCGCCCGUCUCCGCAUCUUCGUCGUUAUGGCGGCGCAACGCCAGUGGUUCUGCGUCAAAGAACCAGUUGAACCCUUCUCCUGUCGAUCACAGAGCUCUGGGCACCGAGCAGGAGCUCUUUACAUCGUCGCUGUACAGCCCUGGAUCUCCGUUGUUCCUGCCGAACGGGACGCAUGUUGUGAACAAACUGCUCGACUUUCUUCGAGCGCAGUACCGGCAAUAUGGGUUUCAAGAGGUUAUCACGCCGAACAUAUACAAGAAGUCGCUAUGGGAGAUAUCCGGACAUUGGCAAAACUACAAAGAGGACAUGUACGAGGUGCGUGGUCGCGGAGCCACCGGCGAAACUGAAGGAGAGGUAGGCGAAGACGAGUCUUACGGGCUGAAGCCGAUGAAUUGCCCCGGUCACUGUCUACUCUUCAAAUCGCAGAAACACUCCUACCGCCAGCUCCCAGUGCGCUACGCCGAUUUCAGUCCUCUGCAUCGCAAUGAGAUUUCGGGAUCGCUCAGUGGAUUGACUCGUGUGCGACGUUUCCACCAGGACGAUGGCCAUAUCUUCUGUCGACCGCAACAAAUCAAGCAAGAGAUCUCUCUUGCAUUGGGAUUUGUCGACAUGGUGAUGAAGACAUUCAAACUAGGCUCCUACCGCCUACUGCUUUCUACGCGGCCCGAAAAAGACUUCAUCGGUAGCUUGGAGCUAUGGGAUAGUGCCGAAUCACAGUUGCGAGAUGCGCUAGAAAACAGUGGUCGUGAAUGGGAGCUCAACGAAGGCGAUGGCGCCUUUUACGGGCCCAAAAUAGACAUCCAGUUGCAAGAUGCAAAUGGCAAAUACUACCAGUUGUCGACCAUCCAACUGGACCUGAACCUUCCGCAAAGGUUCGGGCUCGAGUAUCAGGUCGGAGAAGGCGAGGAAGAGUUCGACCUGCGGAAUCCUGGAAAGGCUACACCGGUCAUGAUUCACAGGGCUGUGUUCGGCUCACUAGAGCGCUUUCUCGCCAUAUUGAUCGAGCGAUAUGCUGGACGUUGGCCGUUUUGGCUCUCGCCCCGACAAUGCAUCAUACUCACGGUUCAUCAGAACCAGGAGGUGCUUGAUUUGGCUGAACAGGCGGCUGCUAAAUUAUCUGGAUUUCGAGCAUUGUUACCUACCUUUGGGUCCGACCGGGAAUCCCAGCCUCCCACGCCGUUGGCCUCGACGGAUCCAACAUUUCUCGUUGAUAUCGACAAUAGCAGCGACUCUUUGGGAAAGAAGGUUGCUCGCGCCAAGAAAUCGAAAUACAACUUGAUCUUUGUCGUGGGGCAGAAGAACCUGGCCGACCAGAGCAUCGAAGUUGAUAUCGAUGGCCAACUCAAAAGCAGUGACGACGGGGGAGCGGCAAAACUCCGUGGUUUACUGGCCGGAGUUGGCGCUGGCUCCUCUACAGAGAAUGGCCGGUCUAUGAAGAUGAGAAUCGAGGACGUGCAUCCCUUGCUCGCUCAGCUGGAGAAACAUUUUCUAUGA